UGAAUACGCCGAAUAGCAGCGUAUUCCACGCGAUUACGUCACGGCGAAAGGGAAAAUCCGCGUUACCGAGAAACCGGCAACAAGGCCCAGAAAACCCGGCUCUCGCGAGCGAACCUCGCACCUUUUCUCAUUCUUGUCGUUAACUCCGGUGCGUCACGUUUCCGUCUUCGUUUGUUACCUACGUAAGACUUGCUUUUACUAUGUAGUUUUUUUGUAUUUUAUAGCCGCUUUUUAGUUUAGUUAUUCGCCUUUUCCCUCUUUUUCCUCGUUACUCUCUGCCCUCGUGCUUUCCUUUCCUUCAAUAUUCCUUUCCCUCCUUUACCCUGAAUCAUGGACGGCUAAAGUUUGGGACUGAGCAACCUCGCCUUUUUUGCACCACGCAUGCCCUCGAGUAGCAGCCUUUCACAUCCAGUAGGCAUGCUGUUCCUCCAACUCUAAAACUAUGCUAAGGUAAGACCACGCUUUUGGCUUCAGCUUUUAGUGCCUUUUGUGCUUCUCUCGUGCAUUUCCCCCCUUUUCUUUGUUCCCUUUCUGAUUGCUGAUUUCUUCCUUUGUUCAUUGCUCCACCCGGAGAAUGCGGAAAUAUUUGGUCCUCCGAGCCAUUGGAUUUUAAUCAGAUCCAACUUUUCUUGAAUCAAUCUAUGGAAUUCACCCCCCAUCUAAUUUCAGAAAUUUGGAAUCAGCACGUCAGAAUUAUUUGAGGAUGAGACACGUGCUCGGCUCUUCCUGCUCUCUCUCCCCUAGAAGUGCUGCAUCCUCCUGUAAGCCUUUCAUGAAAAAACCCUAGUUACUGUGAAAUUCUAGCUCCCCCCCCUUCCCCUUCUUCGCAAAGGUGGAUUUUCACACGUGCUCUCAAGGUGUUUUUACCUCCCUUUCCUUCCGGACUAGGCUUUCCCUCCCUUACUGAAGCCAAAGCUGUGGUCAAUUUUUAUUAGUGCACAAUUCUCUAACAACCUAAAUACCCCCUUUGUGCUUCAAAGCGUGCGUGGCCAUUUACGGCGGGGUUGCCCCCCCCCCCAUAAUUUUCAUUACUUUGUAUUAAUUUUCUAUCUGAAGAUUACAAUAAGUUUUGCCAUUCAUUUUCUCUGUAGCGUGGUUCAUCACUUUCGCGGUGUGCGUAUUCUAAAAGGUCGUGAUUUGGUCGAUUUCACUCCCCCCCCUCCCGUUGAGAUCUGAUAGAACUUAUUAAAAAGAAAAGGAACGAUGUCAACUGGGUCUAGAUCCGUCCCCCCUGAGGAUACCGCGCAGGUUGAAGUCUUACAAGCUCUGAAUCUUUUAGAUGACAUUCGGAACCGCAUUUAUGCUAGGCUCCAGCGUAUUCUGGAUGACUCUGCAAAAUGGACCCCAGAGACCUACGCUUAUCACGCCGGGGCCUUGCAAAGAAUGCGCAAUCUUGAGGUCGAGUUCCUCGCGGCUCAACGGAGCAUUUCAGAGCAAAAUCUAAAACUCCUUGAUAGGACCGCCCGAUUAUCGGUAAACAAAGUACAGGACCGGUUCGACGAAUUAAUGGACGCUAUUAAUGUUAAUUAUUUUCGAUGUCAGACAGAAGAAUCUCGAAAAAUCCAGAGCGAGGAGAAUCGUAGAAAAUCCGAGCAAAAUGCGGCUUCAAGUGGAAAUGACUCUACCCUGUCCACUCCCACCCCCUCUAAGGCAAAACUGCCCCACUUAGCUCUCCCAACGUUUGAUGGCACAUUAGCUACCUGGUCUGGUUUCUAUAGUAGAUUCAAGGUGGCUAUUCACGAUUCGCAGCUGUCUAAAGUCGAGAAAUUCCAGUACCUCUUGUCCACACUCAAGGGAGAAGCCUCAGACGUCAUAAGAUCCCUCCCCCUCACGGAAGGCAAUUAUGAUGUGGCGUGGGAAUUACUGGUUUCCCGGUACCAAUCGGAACGCCGCCACAUUUUUUCGCAUUUUGGGGGGCUAUUGGAUCUCCCCGAAAUGAAGGCAAACGCGUAUCUCCAGGUUCUCCCCCAAUUUUUAAAUAAGCUAAUGGAGCACUUGCACGCCCUAGUGGCCUUAAAAAUUGAGAAGGAAUCGUUCGCCCCCAUGCUCGUCACAGUGAUUUUCCGAAAAAUGCCCCAAAAUCUGAGACGAAGACUGGAAGACUCCAGAGAGGACUCCACCCAAUAUCCUAAAUUAGACGAGAUAAUUGACUUUUUGAAGGCAGAGUGCUCCCAGAUUCUGGAUAAUCCUGCUCAUCUCUCUGAUUCGGUGAAAAUCCCAAAAAUUUUGGUUACGCAAGGCGACCCAAAGCCCCAUAAACGACAGGAUAUGACCAGCAGUGCCUCCCCUUCUUCCACCCCCUCCCAGUAUUUGAAACCAAAACCCAAAAAACAGCCAGAAAUCGCCCUCCAAGGACCCCAAACAAAAUGUCGAUGGUGCGCCAGUACUCAACAUAACCUGUUCCAAUGUGAGGAAUUUCUCAAGCUUGAGCCAGCCGAGCGCAAAGUUCAAGUGAAAUUGAAAAAUAAAUGUUUUAAUUGCAUCGGUGAUCAUGUGUCAAGUUCGUGUACGUCGAAAAAAAGGUGUCUGACGUGUAACGGUUCCCAUAACACGCUUUUGCACGUGCCAAAGGCUUCAGCGCAUUUCGCAAACGAUGAGCUGUCAGUCACCUCCUCAUAUUCUGCCAACACGGCUGAUGCAGGGCUGGCUAAAGCGGUAUCCAUUUUACCGACAGCCAAAAUUAGAAUCACAGGUAAAAAUGGGCGCUCUCUGGUGAUAAGGGCCUUGUGCGACUCCGGCGCGAGUCACAGUAUGAUGCUUAAAAAAUGUGCAACGGCACUGAACUUGAAACCCUCUCCGGUAAUUUCAUCGGUGUCAGGCUUGGCGCAAAAUUCGGUUAAGGUCGAUGGAAUUUUAAAGGUUGAUAUAGGCACCGUAGGUGGCAAAACGCUGGUAUCAGAUCACCCGUUCAUUGUUGCCCCGAAACUCACAGGUUAUUUACCGUCCGUUCCAGUGUCCCCAAAAAUUAGGUUGGAAUUUGAGGCGUAUCAGCUGGCGGAUAACGAAUUUGACGUUCCAGGGGAAAUUCAGGCAAUUUUAGCAUCGGAUGUAAUUCCUCGUGUCCUCACUGGCGCAAUUUUGAAACCAGACCCGGCAGGACCCGUAGGUUUAGGUACCGCCUUUGGGUUGGUCAUAAUGGGCCAAGCACCCCUAGUCGACCCCCUCCCCCCCGAAUCAAUCAACGUUGUCGCACUCCUUCAACAGGACCCACUGUCAGCCCAGCUAGAAAAAUUUUGGCAAAUGGAACAGGCGGCUCCGCGCAAAAUUCUAUCCCCGGCAGAAAAGGCGGUGGAAGAAUUGUACGAGACAACCACCGUACAACAACCCAACGGCCGUUACAAGGUAAAACUCCCCUUCAAAACGGAAAAACCCCCCCUAGGAAGUUCAAUAUUUCAGGCAACAAAGCGCUUCCAGGCGCUAGAACGCCGUUUUGAACAGGAUCCCGAAUUUCAUGCCGCUUACGUAAGGUACAUGGAGGAUUACGAGAAAAAAGGUUUCAUGACCCCGUGCCCUCCCCCUCCCAAAAACGAAGAGUCCUAUAUUAUCCCCCAUCACGGUGUGUUUAAGAAAAACGCCCACAAGAAAAAACUAAGAGUCGUUUACGAUGCGUCCUGUAAAACAACCUCAGGGUAUAGUCUAAAUGACGUUUUAGAAAUUGGUCAGCCUCUCCAUAAUGACAUAAGAAAAAUCGUCAUUCAAUUUCGUCAAUUUCCCAUUGUAAUGACCGCCGAUAUUGAACAAAUGUACAAUCAGAUUGAUAUACAUGAGGAACACAGACCUUAUCAAAUGAUAAUCUGGCGGAAAAAUAGUGGCCUCCCAAUCCAAUAUUAUCUUUUAAACACGGUAAUCUUCGGUAUCAACUCCUCUCCUUACCUCGCCCAGCGCACUUUACGCAAGCUAGCUCGGGACCACGGGCACAAAUACCCCCUAGCUGCCGAAGCCCUUCUAAAUUCCUCAUUUAUGGAUGACAUAGUUUUAACCGCAACCACCACGGCGGAGGCGGAAGUCCUGGUCCAGCAACUCAUCGAGCUCCUCGCGUUGGGGGGCUUCACCCUCAAGAAAUGGACGAGCAGUUUGCCCUCGCUCCUAAAAAAUUUCCCAGCAGAACACUUAGAAUGCCCGGUGCUUGACGAAACCGAUUCCCCCCGUCUAUCGAUUUUAGGCGUGCAGUGGCUACCGGGCGAAGACACAUUUACGUACAAAAUCUACAUUUCCAACAAAAAGGGGACAAAACGCAAUUUACUGUCAGCGAUUGCAUCGAUAUACGACCCUCUGAGCUGGCUAACUCCAGUAAUAAUGAAAGCAAAGAUACUCAUGCAGGACAUUUGGCGUUCCAAAAUAGAUUGGGACCAGACGGCUCCAUUAGAAAUUCGGCAACGCUGGACGGAGUUCCAGAACCAGCUGUCAUCGCUACCUCAAGUGAGGAUUCCGCGGCGAUUACAUCGCGGGAAAAUAGAAGAUCAUCGAUUUGAGCUGCACGCGUUCUCCGACGCAUCGUGCCUCGGAUAUUGCAGUUGUCUUUACCUCCGAGCCAUUCCCCGCACCGACCCCCCUCCCACCGAUAACCUGCGGCAAACAAGCCGCGCGGAAGUAAACUUAAUUAUCGCCAAAUCACGGGUCGCCCCCUUAUCAACUGUGUCCAUCCCACGUCUGGAAUUAUGUGCCAGCGUGCAUAUGAUCCAACUGAUCGAAACCUACGGCCCACAGCUGAACCUGUCAUAUAAUUUUGAGAAAAUCUACUGCUGGACCGAUUCUACCAUAGUUUGGCAUUGGGUACAAACCCCAUCGUAUAAAUUAAACACGUUUGUGGCGAAUCGAGUGGCGCUCAUCGAAUCAUCAAACGUUGACGUGGUUUGGCGCCACGUUCCUUCCGAGGAAAAUCCGGCAGACCCAGGCUCACGCGGGGUCAUGCCGAGCGAAAUCCCAAACUUAUCCCUGUGGUGGUCGGGGCCUGAUUUCCUAAAAGGACCGGAAGAAAACUGGCCGAACCAUCCCCUCCCCACCCCUAAAGACAGCGAACUCGAGAUAAAAAAAUCGUGCACGGCCCUAAUAUCGAGCCCCCCCUCCCCCACUCCCCUUCCCGUUUUCCCAAUUCUGGAAACAUGGGAUGCUACGUUGAUAUCUUUAGCAUGGGCAUAUCGAUUUUUUCAAAGAACUCACAACAAAAAAAGGGUAAUAGGCCCAUUAAUGCUAAGUGAGAUGAGAGCCGCGGAAACAUGGAUAUUAAAGUCCAUCCAGAAAGAGGUCUUCGUAAAUGAUAUCAAAGCCCUCACAAGAGGGAGUCUUUGCUCCAAAAAACUCCAAAAGUUGACACCAUUCCUUGAUAAAAACGGCGUCUUACGCGUAGGAGGCCGAUUACUAAAUUCGGAGCUCCCCCUAAGGGCACGGCAUCCGGCACUGCUACCAAGUAAACAUCCCCUAGUACAAUUGCUUGUAUUAAAAUACCAUACGGACACAUUGCACGCCCCGCCCCAGUUACUCCAAGCGACCCUCACGCAAAAAUACUGGAUCAUUCGGGCGAGAGAAAUCACGCGGCGGUGCGUUCACCAGUGUAUAUCAUGCUUCCGUGCCAAACCACGUAACCACCCACCCCUCAUGGGAAAUCUCCCUCCCGCGCGAACGACCCCCUCCCCAUGCUUCGACAAAACGGGCGUUGAUUUUGCGGGGCCGUUGACCACAAAAAUUCAUCUGUUACGAUCAGCGCGAAUUGUGAAGGUAUACUUAUGUAUUUUCGUAUGCUUCGCCACAAAGGCGGUUCAUGUGGAGCUCGUUUCUGACCUGACGACAACUGCGUUCAUCGCCGCCUUACAUCGAUUCGCCGCUCGACGUUCCUGUCCUACUACCAUUUAUUGCGAUAACGGUACGAACUUUGUAGGAGCAAAUAAUGUAAUGAAAAAAUAUCUCACAAAGGACAACCCUGACAUCCAAAAAUUCGAGCGCCACACAGGCAUAACCUUCGAAUUCAACCCCCCCGCGGCUCCACACAUGGGUGGGAUUUGGGAAGCAAGCGUCAAAAGUGUAAAAGGACACUUGUUCCGCACCAUUGGGACUACUGUGCUCUAUUAUGAGGAGCUGUUAACGCUAUGCUGUCGAAUUGAAGCAAUGUUGAAUUCGAGACCCAUAACCCCCCUCUCCUCGGACCCAAACGACAUGGAGCCUCUAACCCCGGGACAUUUUCUCGUAGGCCGCCCCCUCAAUGCCCCCCCUGAACCCGAACAUUCCGACGUACAAAUUUCAAAAUUACGGCGUUGGGACCUAGUGCACGCGUUUGCACAGAGUAUCUGGCGCAGGUGGCAAAAGGAGUACCUCCACACCUUACAACAGCGCAAAAAGUGGAACCAAGAAACGCCCAACAUGCAGAAAGGUACUUUAGUGUUAAUCCACGAAGAGAACUUACCUCCACUUAAGUGGAAGCUGGGUCGCGUAAUUGCAACGUUUCCUG